CAGUUUCCAAAUUGGUUUUUCCCUUCCAUUUUUGUAUUGGAACGAGUAGAUUCUUGAUUUAUAACAGGCUGAUAAUAGCAAUUCUUGUCUAGUUCUUCUACUCUUCUCUCUCUGUUGUUUUUUUCUUAAUCCCUUUGAUUUCUUGCAGUAGAACGAUUUUUGCUUCCCCACCAAUUUUGAUUCGGACAGGAUUUUGUUGGCUGUAUUUGGAUUGGGUUCUGCUGAAUUUAUAAAGGGUUCACAAGAACCCUUCAAAAUUCAGUAGUUUCCCAAUUUCUUACAGGGAUGUGCUGGAGAUUCUUGUGAACAGGGUGGAAUAGUGUUUCUGAAAAUUGGGAUGGAUCAGUUCAGACAAGUGGGGGAGGUUUUGGGUAGUCUUAAGGCCUUGAUGGUAUUAAAACAUGAGAUUCAAAUCAAUCAAAGACAAUGUUGUUUGCUUUUCGACAUGUUAACAUUUGCCUUUGAGACAAUCUCAGAAGAAAUCAGACAGCAUUUGAGGUUUGAAGAUAGGAAUACUAAGUGGAAAGCUCUUGAUCUUCCGAUGAAAGAGCUCCACAAGGUGUUCAAAGAAGCCGAAUUCUAUAUCAAACACUGCAUCGAUGUGAAAAACUGGUGGGGCAGAGCAAUUAGCCUCCAUACAAACAAGGACUGCGUAGAACUGCACAUUCACAAUUUGCUGUGUUGUUUUCCGGUGGUGAUUGAGGCCAUUGAGACGGCAGCUGAGAUAUCUGGAGUUGAUCAGGAGGACAUGCAGAAGAGGAGACUGGCCCUAACACAAAAGUAUGAUCAAGGAUGUGACGACCCUAAACUUUUCCUGUGGAAAUUCGGGAAACAAUAUAUAGUCCCACGAGAAAUAUGCCAUCGUCUGGAGUAUGCAUGGAAAGAAGAUAGAUGGUUGCUUCUUGAGAAACUGGAAGAGAAGAAAACGACAGCAAAGCAUGAGCAGCGGCUUGGUGAAUUAUUGAUUAGGAAACUAAGUAAUGGGGGAACGUCGAAGGGAAAGCUCUUACCAAGUAAUGCCUUAGUAGGAGCACAAGAUUACUUUGUGAGACGGCGACUGGGCUCAGGGUACCCCUCGGGUGGAGGACAUCUUAAGGAGAUCCAUUGGUUGGGGGAGAGUUUUGCUAUGAGGAAUUUCUAUGGGAGUGUUGAUCCAUUACAUGCUGAGAUUUCUUCUGUUCUUUCGCUGUCCCAUCCUAAUGUUUUGCAAUAUCAUUGUGCCUUUUAUGAUGAAGAUAGAAAAGAGGGUUUCCUUGUAAUGGAGCUCAUGAGCAAGAAUCUUGGAGCUUACAUAAAAGAGCAUUCUGGGCAAAGAAACCGAAUCCCAUUCUCUAUACCAGUUGCUGUUGAUAUCAUGUUGCAGAUUGCAAGAGGGAUGGAGUACUUACACUCGAGAAAGAUCUAUCAUGGAGAUCUUAAUCCGUCCAAUGUUCUUCUCAAAGCUAAGAACGCUUCCAUAGGAGGGUUUCAAGCAAAAAUUACCGGGUUUGGGUUGACCUCCGUCAUGAGUAGCACUGCAAGAAGUCCCAAGCCAACUGGAGGUGAUCUUGAUAUUUGGUUAGCCCCGGAAGUUCUGACUGAGCUAGGCCAGCCAGAUAGCAAAUGCAGUACAAAGUACACAGAUAAAGCUGACGUCUACAGCUUUGCGAUGCUUUGCUUCACACUUCUAACCGGAAAAGUUUCAUUUGAAGAUGGCCAUCUUCAAGGGGAGAAGAUGGCUCGAAAUAUAAGAGCAGGAGAGAGGCCUCUUUUCUCAUAUCCUUCGCCAAAAUACCUUUCAAAUCUCAUCAAAAAAUGCUGGCAGAGUAACCCAAAUCAACGCCCGACUUUCUCAUCUAUAUGUAGGAUACUGCGAUACAUCAAGAAGAACCUUGUUAUAAAUCCUGACCAUGGUGAUCCCGAUUCUCCACCGCUGCUUGUAGACUAUUAUGACCUGGAGACUGGGUAUUUGAAAAAGGUACCAGGGGAAGGGAGUGAGGAUUUGGCACCCGUAUCUCUAAUCCCUUUUCAGAUGUUCACAUACAAAGUUGUUGAGAGGGAGAAAAUCUCUGGUAAGAAAUGGGACUUAGCAACUGAAGGCUCGGUUCACCGCGCGCCAUCAGUGUUUGAUGAUGAACAAAUGGCGACCAUGGAUGAUCUUUUCCUUGCACCAAGUGAUCGGAGAUCAGUUUGUUCAGAAAUCAUUGACUCCAAAAAUCCAACCGUUGCUGCCGAUAUGAGGUCUGUUAUAUCUGAGACACCACAUCGAAAACUUUUCCUAUUUGAUCAGAGGUCAUUAGGCUCCGAGAGUCCAGGGAAAAGAUUUUCAAUUGCUGGUGAUCAAAGGCAAGUUGGUGCUGGAGCACCAGAAAGAAGUGUUUCAACAAUGGACCAAAGACCAACUAUUAUCCAGCUCACUGAGAAAAGAAAUGAUCAAAAGUUAACUGGUGAGAAUCCGGUGGAGGUUCAAGAUAAGAUAAUAAUAGCAUCCAAAGUUGCAGAAUCUCAGUUACCUAGUCCCAGGCCUCGAGAAAAUGGUAAAUCCGAAUUACUGAAAGUGAUGCAGCAGAAAGUAGAAAUUACUGAGAUUCUAGAGAAGAAACAAUCACUAAAACCGAUAGUAGAGCGUAAACCAGCUUCUCUCGAAUCUUCACAGGGGAGAAUAUCUUCUCAGGCUACUGCUGGUUGUCAAAACUUAGCUGAGAAUGUAGAAAAGGGACUAGAGCAGAAUACAGAAUCUAUUCCUAAGUCGGUUUUAGCUUCUUCUACAACUUCAACAAAAACUGAACCACCAACUACAAGCAUUCAGGAGCCAGGAAUUUCUGAGAACUCUGGGAAGAAAGCUAAGCGCAGGAAAUCGAAAGACAGAAAGACUGAAAAAAGUACAGGAACACCAAACGAGGACUUACCGAGGUCUUCAACAGCCAGACUGAAGAAAACAAAGCUCAUUUGGUCUCCAGCCUCCUCGCCAGCAAGAGCUUUGAGAACGUGCGGUUCCUCAGAAACACCAAAAGAUGACUCACCAAGGUCUCCAUCUUCCACAAUGAGGAAAAUAAAGACCAUUUUCUCUUCAGAUUCCUCUCUAGCAAGAGCUUUCAGAACACCAGAAAAUGAUUCCCCAAGGUCUUCACCGAGCAGAAUGAAGAAAAUGAUGCCCAGCUUCUCCCCAGCUUCCUCACCAUCAAGACCUUUCAUGGGAUAUGCUUCAUCAAAAAUACCAAAAGGUGACUCACCAUGUUCUUCACCAGCCAGAAUGAAGAAAUCGAUUACCAGUUUCUCCACAGCUCCCUCGCCAUCAAGAGCUUUCAAUUCGUGUGCUUCACCAAAACGUUCAUCAGCUUCUCACUUGAAGGUUCAUUCCCCUCCAAAGUCACCAAUGAGCCCAUGUACACGAUGUUCAAGACUUAGUAGACAGAGUUCACUGCCUGUUGCUAUGAGCCAACAAGAAUCUCAAAUAGAUCAUGAAUCAACUCAGGUAACAUAGUUAUGCCUUCCUUUCAUAAUGUUGGCUCUCACUGAUAAAUAUGUCCAUCAAAUAGGAAAGGGAAUGCGAUUUGUGAUUCUCACCUCAUGUACCUAAGUCAGACGGUGUAGGGGAUUUAGAAGUCACUUCGUUGAUCAUGUGAGAAUAUUAACUUUUUUUGUUUGUAUUUCUUGUCUCUUUUAAAUGUAGAAGAUCUCUAACAAGAGAGUAUAAUAUUCUAGGUUACUGGUAGCAUGUGAAUCUGAUUUCUCAGUUCACCAGUAAAUUCAGGAUCUGGAAUCUGGACCUGCACUCACUUGCUCUGUUUUGGUACAUAUAUGAUAACAAACUA